ACUUGGGAUGAUAGCACUUAUUCAUGUGACCUAAAUAAUUAUAAAAUUAUCAUAAUUAAUCUUGUGUGACGCAGCCGCGUUGGAUAACGCAUGACGUAGGCGUUCUGCUGUCCAAUCGGAACUCGUCUUUUCAGCAACGUCACUCAGUCAGUAAACAGCAUGGCGGCGUCCGUGCAGCGUUUCGGCGCAGCGGGGAGAUACUUUUUAAAGACUUUAUUGAACACAACAGCCAUUAAGAGGACUGGCUCCACUCAGGCUGUCAGUCACGUGGUUUUAAAUGUACCUGAGACGAAGGUCACGACCCUUGAUAACGGGCUCAGGGUGGCAUCUGAAGACUCCGGCCUGUCCACAUGCACGGUUGGUCUGUGGAUUGAUGCUGGGAGCCGGUAUGAAAAUGAGAGCAAUAAUGGUACGGCCCACUUCCUGGAGCACAUGGCGUUUAAGGGCACCAGGAAGAGGUCCCAGCUCGACCUGGAACUGGAGAUCGAGAACAUGGGUGCUCAUCUGAACGCUUACACCUCCAGAGAGCAGACGGUGUACUACGCCAAAGCUUUCUCCAAAGAUCUGCCCCGAGCGGUGGAAAUCCUGGCUGACAUCAUUCAGAACAGCACGCUGGGAGAAGCGGAGAUCGAGCGAGAGCGUGGAGUUAUUCUCAGAGAGAUGCAGGAAGUGGAGACCAACCUGCAGGAAGUGGUCUUCGAUUACCUGCACGCUACAGCCUAUCAGGAAACGCCUCUCGGGAGAACCAUCCUGGGCCCUACGGAGAACAUCAAAACUAUAAAUCGAGGGGAUCUGGUCGAAUACAUUACAACACACUACAAAGGGCCACGAAUUGUAUUAGCUGCAGCCGGAGGAGUGUCACAUAAUGAGCUAAUCGAUUUGGCCAAAUUUCAUUUUGGAAAGCUGCCGGCCAGAUACAGCGGAGAGACUUUACACCCCUGCCAUUUCACCGGGAGUGAGAUUCGUGUGCGAGAUGAUAAGAUGCCUCUGGCUCAUAUAGCCAUCGCCGUGGAGGCUGUUGGCUGGUCACAUCCAGAUACUAUUCCUCUAAUGGUGGCCAACACACUCAUUGGAAACUGGGAUCGGUCCCUCGGUGGCGGGAUGAACUUGUCCAGUAAACUGGCACAGAUGGCAUGUCAGGGCAACUUGUGCCACAGUUUCCAGUCCUUCAACACCUGCUACACAGAUACAGGUCUGUGGGGGCUUUACAUGGUGUGCGAGCCGGGAACCGUCAACGAGAUGAUACGUUUCACUCAGCUGGAAUGGAUGUCUCUGUGUACGAGCGUGACUGAAAGCGAAGUGAACCGAGCUAAAAACCUGCUGAAGACAAACAUGCUCCUACACCUGGACGGAUCCACACCCAUCUGCGAGGACAUCGGGCGGCAGAUGCUGUGUUACAGCCGCAGGAUUCCUCUGCACGAGCUGGAGGCCAGAAUAGAUGCCAUAGACGCCACAACCAUCAAGGACGUGUGUAUGAAAUACAUCUACAAUAAAGCUCCUGCUAUAGCUGCUGUUGGUCCCAUCGAGCAGCUUCCAGACUAUAACAGGAUCCGCAGUGGCAUGUAUUGGUUACGGCCGUGAGGAUUGAGAAGUGAACCCGAACACCGUCUGCAUAGUUACAAAAACAACUUAAUAUGUGCUUUUUUCCAUGUUUAUUUUAUUAUAAAAUAAAGAACAACACAAUAAAGUUAAAAGACCACGUUUUA